AUGAGCGAAGAUGAAUCUAUGGAAGACUCUAUUGUUGAAGAGGAAGAAGAAGAAGAAGAAGAGGAAGACGAUAGUAGUUCAGAAUCAUUCGAUGAAGAGUUAAAGUUGACAAAAAACUUUGUCGAUGCUUUGGCAAGAAUUGAAUUAAACAAAAGCAAUUAUGAUGAUUAUGUGCUAUUGGUAGAUAUUGCACACGAUUUAACAGAUUUAGAUAAAAUUCGACAAAGUAUUGAAUUAUUUUCCCAAGCAUUUCCACUUUCUCCUGAGAUUUGGUUAAGGUAUUUGAAAGUAGAAGCCGCAGUCGCUCAAAGUGAAGAGGAAAUCGAUGAAUUGCAAAAUUUAUUUGAACGAGCUCUAAACGAUUAUUACAGUGUCGAUGUUGCAUUGGAAUAUGCAAUUCUGGCUUCUCGAUGUAAUAAUACGAAAGCUCGAGAAAUCUGGGAACAACUUUUACCAGCAUACGGAUAUGAAUAUUCAAAAGGACGUUUAAUGUGGGCAGCAUGGCGAGAUGAUUAUAUACGACGAGAGCCUGAUUCACCGGAAAAACUGAAAAAAAUAAUAAAGCGAUUCAAAGAAGAACUUUUGUUGCCGCUCAAUCAGAUCCAAUUGUCAUACAAUGAAUUUCGAGAAUUCAUAGAAAAGUGUCAAAGUAUGUUACCAAACUUUGACCGUGAUUCAAUCGACAGUGAAUUUAAAACUACAAAAACCAUCCUUCAAAAAGUUAUGCCAUUUGAACAAAAGCUGUCGCACUUGGAAGCCAAAUCGCAUCAAGAACGUGUCGACAUUUUCAAAACCUAUAUUAAUGAAUGUGCUGAAGAAUUAGAGGAAGAAUAUGUUCAAGUACUCUAUGAACGAAUGAUAACAGCAUGUUGUUUAAAUGAGUCUGUUUGGAAGGAAUAUCUAAGCUACAUUCAAAAUCGAUCGAAAGACUGGACUCCAAUGGAUUCAAAUAAAUCAAAAAUUUUCCGUCAAUCUGAUAUGGAUAUCGUGACGAGAGGCUUGCGUAACUGCAGUUGGAGUGCUGAUCUCUACAUUGAAAAAAUGCGUAUUUUUGAGCAGAAUAAAAAAUCGAGACAAGACAUUCAAAGUAUCCUUGAAACAGCAUGUGCGAUUCAAUAUAACAAUGCUGAACCGGUAGUGAAAGUUUGGCUUGAAUAUUUAUCAUAUCUUGUUCGUGUCACCAACUUCCAAGACAAUGAUGAGAAAGAAGUUCUUAGAAAGAAUUUCAAUCUGGCAUGGAACACUUUGGGAUGGCAGUAUGGAAAUUUAGCUGACUGUGAAUGUGAAAUUCUCAAGUUUUGGGGUCGCGUGGAGUACGAAAAAUUUGAGGAUGGAAAUCAAGGAAAGCAAUUAUGGAACACCGUGAUGGAAAGUAAUGAUAACUACACGAAGACUGGAUUAUGGCUUGAAUUUGUAGCAAUGGAACAGAAAUUCCGAGGCACAGAAGGCGCUCGACUCAUUUACAAGAGAGCUUCAAAAGUUCCAGACUUAAACGACAUGUCAACAUUGAUUUACAGUUGGAUUAGAUUCGAAAGGUGUUUUGGAUCACUCAGUCACAUUCGCUUUUGUCAAGAGACUUGUGAGAAGAUGCUUCGUCAAAAUCGAAAGAAACAUCAAAGUGGUAAACGUAAAGUGGAAGCAAAGAAGGAUGGAAAAAGAAAGGCUGAAGAUGAUAGUCAACAUCAGAACAAGAAGAUGAAAGAGGCCACAUCAGUUAGCAAAGAAGAGUUCAAGAAAAUGUCGAUUUCAAAACCUAAAGAAUCGAAUGAAAAUGGCGACAUUGAUUUGUCGAAAGACAAUGUUCGAGUGUUUUUCAGUAAUUUGGAUUAUAAUGUGACUACUGAUGACCUCAAGGAAGCCUUCCCAGAAAUCACAAUUAUUAGUUUCAAUGUCAUAACAACUGGAAAAGGAAAAAGUCGUGGCUUUGGCUACGCGGAACUUUCCUCCGAAGAAGAUGUUAAAAAAGCAUUGUCAAUGGAUCGUCGAAUGCUUGCUGGUCGCCCUGUUUUUAUUUCAAGAUGUGAACGAGAUAAAACAAGUCGUGAAUCAGGAUUUAAGUAUUCAAGCACAUUAGAACCGAACAAAGUUUUUGUUAAAGGAAUUUCGUUUGAAGCAUCAAAUGAAGAUCUGAAAAAACUCUUUGGAGAAUUUGGAACAAUUAAAGAUGUCCGCAUAGUAACUAAUAAAGCUGGAAAGUCAAAAGGUAUAGCUUACAUAGUGUACGAUAAUGAUAAAUCUGCAUCAACAGCAGUCAUGAAGCUAGAUCAAAAGGAAUUCAUGGAUCGUGUACUCUCAGUUGCAAUUUCAGCACCCCCACCUGUAGACAAACAUCCUCAAGCAAAGACAAAUGUCAGCAGUUUCAGUGGAUCGCGUAAAGCAACACAAAAAACAGAACAAAAAUCAAGAAUUUCAUUCAUUCCAGCCUCAGUUCAGAAAGCAUCUGCUGCAGAUACGAAAACUUUAUCUUCAACUCCUGCUAUGUCAAAUGACGACUUCAGAAAAAUGAUAAUGAAAUAAUCUCUACUAAUACUUAAUUAAUAAUGAAAAUAUUUUUCUUUUAAUUGCUUUCAAAUAUAUUUUCAUCUUACAAGUAAAAAGAUUAAAUGUACAUCCAAUAUACAUAAGAUUAAAUUGUUUUCACUUCAGUUUUAUGCUUCGUUUAAGAUGAGUCUUCACACCGGAUGUUUCUCCACCAUAAAGAUCUACUUUCGACUUCACUUCUCUUACAGCACCCUUGCGACGAAUGACUGCCUUCCGGAACUUCAUCUUAUUCUUAACUCUUGGGUUGCGUAAUUCUUUUCUUUUCGUUGCUGUUAAUCCUUUAUUCUUAGCAAUUUGUCUUGUAAUUUCGCGUUUCACAGCUUCAACUUCCAUAUUAUUUUCCUCUUCUUUUUCUUCUUCGCUCUCUGAUGAAUACUUGUGAGUGAAAAGUGGUUGAACGACUUCAUCUCCUUCCUCUGAGCCACCUUCACAGACUUCUGUAUCAUCUAAUCGUUUCUUAAGAUUUUCAAGAAUUUCACGUUUAUCAUUGUUUUCGGCUUCGUUGGUAAGAAUAACAAGUUGAGGUUUUACGACAUAUUCGUAAAUAUCAUCGAGUUGACAAAUAAGUUGACGAAAUUGAAUAAGACGUUUGACAACUGGAUGAUUAUGAACUUUUGUUCGUUUUGCCUUAAGCAUCAGGUAGAAUGAAAUGUUUGUGCAAUAAUUGAGAUUCAGCUCAUUUCUACAUUCAAUGAAGUCAAAUAAUGGAUGAGUCGGUAGAUUAAACGAUUUGAUGAGAUUUAAUACUGGAAUUAGCAUUUCUUUACUUUCAGAGAAUCUUUCAUCAAAAUCUUGUGUCAGUUGAUCAAAUUCUGGAGCUUCUGUUUUGAAUAAAGCUAACUUUUGCUUCCUGCUCAAAUCGGACAAAUCAGUUUUGGUUUUCUUGAUUUUUGGAUCAUUUUCAACUGUUGGCUGUGUUUCAGGAAGUGCAAACAUGUCAAGAUUGAAAUCAGCAUCAUUAAGUUCUGUUGCUAAACGCUUUUGAAUUUGAAGAGCUUCAGCUUGUUCCUGAUUUGCGAUUUCUUCCUCCUGCUCGGUGUAUCCGCGAUAAUCUUUGUCAUGAAAAUCAGUGUUGUAAAAACUUGAUUUCUUUUUACCCCAAGCUCUUUCGUCUGGAAGGUAAUCAUCAUAAUCAUCAGCUUGCUCUUCAAUAUCACUUUCAGCUUCAAACUUUUCUGGUUCAGAACUCUCUUCAUCAAAUCCAAAAAUUUCUUCUUCAUCGCUUUCUUGUUUUUUUCCUUUCCGAGCUUUUUUCAGAAGUUUUUUUUGAUGUUCUGUGUAUUCAUCUUCAGAAUUUGAUACUUCAUAAUCAUCUUCAUAAUUUAAAUUUAUCUUGUUAGCCAUUAUUUUUUGUAUUUAAACAGUAUUUAAAUAAAUUAAAUUUCAACUUCUUUUACACACAGGGUUUCAAUACC